AUGGUUGAUAAAAGAAGCAGAUAUAAUAUGUCGGUAAAAGAAACACCCAUGUCACUGAAUAAUGAAGCGUUAAGGAUAUCGCAAGAGAAUUUCUUAACAGAAUUUUUAUUACGUUGCAAAGAAUAUGAGGUUGAUCGUUCACCUAAAUUUGUGGAAGUUUCAAUUUGUAUUUUAGAUGCUCUCUAUUUGACAUUAAAAAAGUAUCGUACAUUAACUGUAUUAAGAUUACCAAAUUGUGGCAUAAAUGCAUACGGUAUUAUACAAAUAUACUCCAUGCUGAUGGAUUUCAAUUGCUUGAGAGAUUUGAAUUUAGACGGAAAUCCGAACGUACAAGAGAAUUAUCACUUGUUAUGUAAAUCUGUUGGGAACUUGUCAUACUUAUCUUUGCAGUUCUGUAAGAUAACAGACGAAGGAGUUAAAAAAAUAGCAGAGGAAUUGCAAUACGCUGAUCCACCUAACGAACCGAAAUUAUUAGCUCUUAAUCUAGGAAAUAAUCGUAUCGGUGAUCUAGGAGCUUUAGAAAUCGGACGAAUGUUACGAACGAAUCGUUCUGUUCAAAGUCUGAUAUUAACAGGAAACAGGAUAUGCGAUGACGGUGCUGCUUUGAUAAUCCAAGAACUUAAUAUGUCGAAAUUAACGCACAAUGAGAUUGUAGAUCUUCGUAGACGUAGAUUCGAUGCUCUGAUAUCACAAGAAAAAAAACUAAUCGAUCUAAAUAAAACGAACGAGAACAAAGUUUCUAAAGUUGUUGAAGAUUUACCAAACUUGGAGAUUUCACAGACGAGAAAGAACAGCAAGGUUUUAAAAAAAUCGAACAAAUCCAAAAAACUCUCACUUUCGAACAGUUCUUCCAAGAUAACGGUGCAGGAAAAUUCUAAAAACGUAUCUCAACUUCCAACGCUGAGAAAAGAUUCACCCAUAGAAAUUGAUCAUCCCUUUGGCAAAGAAAGUACAGCCACAGGAGGAGUGAUAAGAAUAAGUGGAAAUUUUGUAUUAAAACAUUUAAAUAUCAGUUUUAAUCAUUUAUCCGGUGCAAUUAUUAAACAGUUAUUAGCUUGCUUGCUUUAUCAGACUUAUAUGAUGAUGAGUGAUACGAGCAAAGGCCUGCUUUAUGUAAGAAUAGAGGGAAAUGAGUUUAAGCAAGAAGAUGAAAAAGAUUUAAUGGAACUGGAAGAAAUCUUGCAGUGCAGACAAGCUGGGGAAUAUUUGUCUCGAUUCGAUGAUCUGGAAAGUUCAGUUACGUUGGAAAACGAUAAUCUAUGAAGAAAACGAUAAAUUCUUUUUCGUACGAGAGAUAACGUUAAACGAAAAACAAAACAAAAAAAAAGAAAAAAAAAGAAAAAAAAGAAAAUUAAGUAAGAAGAAAGAAAAGAAGGAAGAAAAGAAAGAUGACGAUUUACGAAAAGAAAAGGAGAUAAAUCUUUUCUGCACGAGAGGUAGGGUGAAACUUAAAAAAGAAAAAAAAAAAGGAAAAGAU